AUGACGGAGCCCCACAGGGUUUCGUUCACUACUCUCCACGGCCCACUGAGCAGCAGCUUCUUGAAAAGGUCUCGGAAAGACGAUGGAGAGCAGCCCCAGGACUCUGAACCAGCUGCGACAGCUGUUCGAAUCACGCUCACUCUCUUUGAGCCGGAUCACAAACGUUGUCCAGAAUUUUUCUACCCUGAUCUUCUGAAGAGUUCCCGAGGGAAAGUAAAAGGUGGUUCUUCAGGAGACAAGAAGAAAGACCCUGCUGAUCCCUUUAAUGAUGACGAAAAGGAAAGGCAUAAAGUGGAGGCUCUUGCUAGGAAGUUUGAAGAAAAAUACGGUGGCAAGAGACGGAGGAAGGACCGUAUUCAGGACUUGAUUGAUAUGGGGUAUGGCUACGACGAAUCUGACUCCUUCAUCGACAAUUCUGAAGCCUACGAUGAGCUUGUUCCCGCGUCUCUUACGACGAAGUAUGGAGGGUUUUACAUCAACUCAGGAACACUGCAGUUUCGGCAAGCGUCUGAAUCUGAAGAUGACUAUGUUAAAGAGAAAAAGAAGAAGUGUCCCAAGAAGCGGAAGUUGAAAGAUGGAGGUGAGAAAAUGAAGAAGAAGAAGAAAGAUGAUUCUUAUGACAAGGAAAAGAAAUCCAAAAAGUCCAAGUUUCCAAAAGCAGGUUUCACAGCGUUAAAUGCAAGCAAGGAGAAGAAGAAGAAAAAAUACUCUGGCGCUCUGAGUGUCAAGGAGAUGCUGAAGAAGUUUCAGAAGGAGAAGGAUGCUCAGAAGAGAAAAGAUGAAGACCAGAAGGUGGCGACUCCUUCACCGGCAGAACCUCCAGCCCCGCGGGAAGCGGAGGCGGUGGCUGACCCUCUGCUGUCGCUGUUUGGCCACGCCAGCGAUCACGACCUGCUUCAGGCAGCGACAGCUAUGGACUCCUUAACCGACCUGGACCUGGAGCGGCUCCUCAGCGAAUCCCCCGAAGGGAGUCCCUUUCCUGAUGUGGAGGACGGGAGCGAUCCUGUUGGGAUGGGCUUGGAGCAGGAUUUCAAGCAACCGCCGUCCCUCCCAGACGGCCUGCCGGCCCCUCUGGAGAAACGCAUCAAGGAACUGGCCCAGGCUGCCAGAGCUGCAGAGGGAGAAGGCAAGCAGAGAUUCUUCACUCAGGAUAUCAACAACAUCAUACUGGACAUAGAGCUGCAGACCCGGGAGCUGAACAGCCAGAUCCGGUCGGGGGUCUACGCCCACCUGGCUGCUUUCUUCCCGUGCAGUAAGGACACUCUGGUCAAGCGUGCCCGUAAGCUUUAUCUCUACGAGCAGGGUGGCCGAUUGAAGGAACCUCUACAGAAGCUGAAGGAAGCCAUUGGAAGGGCCAUGCCAGAGCAGAUGGCCAAGUACCAGGAGGAAUGCCAAGCCCACACUCAGGCCAAGUUUGCCAAGAUGCUGGAAGAGGAAAAGGACAAAGAGCAGCGGGAUCGAGUUUGUUCGGAUGAUGAGGAGGAUGAAGAAAAGGGAGGGAAGCGUGUCACGGGACCGCGAAAGAAAUUUCAAUGGAAUGAUGAAAUCAGGGAGCUGCUUUGCCACUUGGUGAAGAUUAAGUUGGAUGGUUAUGACCUUGACAAGAAUAAGGCUCAGUCUCUAGAGGAUUAUGUGAAGACCUUCCUAGAUGGAGAGGUGAAGCCCCUUUGGCCAAAAGGCUGGAUGCAGGCCAGGACACUGUUUAAGGAGAGCAGGCGUGUACAUGGACACCUCACAUCAGUCCUGACGAAGAAGAAAGUUAUAGCUCCUCCUAAGGUGAAAGUGAAGGAAUCUUCCUGCAAGCCAGACAAAAAGCUGUCGGUUUCUGUUCCUUCGAUGCACUCAAGCAGCACCUUAACUCUGUCUUCAGAGCCCCAGGGAGGAGCGCUGGGCAUCAGCGCCCAAACCAGAGAACUCUUGUCCCUUGGGACAGCCCAAGCAGCCAGCAGCACUGGCACUCCUGCCACCUUCAUGGAUGACUCCUUGGAUGAGGACUUAAUUCAUAAUCCCACUUCCUCCCUGGAAGCAGUCUCUAAGGAACUGGCUGUGCUGAACAGCAGAGCGGGAGGGAGCCCUGACUUUACUCUUCCUGGAGCUCCAAAAGCUCCACCAGAGAAGAUCCCAUCUCUUGCAUCCUCAGAGGAGAAGAGGACAUUUCCAAAACCCAACCCUUCCCCUACAUCAUCCUCUGGUUCCCUCCAGUCUCCUCUAAAUUUCCUGGCUGAGCAGGCCCUGGCAUUGGGCCAGUCCUCUCAAGACAAAAAGACAGAGAACUCUAAUUUCAAAGAGCUCCCCCGCCAAGCCUCCCCCAGCAAAAUCCUUCCCGAUGCACACCAGGCUAAGCAGAAACACCACAGCCUGGUCCGGCCAAGCCAUGGGUCCCAGACCUCCACCCCAGUGCCGGCUUCUCAGGUGAAGGUCUUUCACUCAGGCAGCCAGCUACAGAAAACCUUCACCACCCCGGCUCCGUUCGUCAAACUGCAGAACCCCAAGUCCUCCUCCCCACUGCCCCAACGCUCCCUCCUCCCGCAGGUCAAGUCAUCAACCAAAGCUCAGAGCUUCCAUUCCUCUGCGUCGCCAGGCAGCGCCCAAAACUCCAGCAGCUCCCACAAGAGCCCAGGCUCAUCCUCGUCGUCUCUCAGCUACGCAGGAAAGCACUCGAGUGGCUCUAGCUCUUCAGGACAAUCUUACAAAUCGCCCUUCGUUUCUGGUUCCCUCUCCAAGCACGGGGCUUCUUCCAGCAGCUCCGCAUCUGGAGCUUCUGCAAACCAGGGCUGCUCCUCCGGGAGCUUGCUGCCCAGCGUGCAGACCCCUUCCUCGGGCCAGGCGUCCAGCCGCCCGUCCUCAAGCUCCUCGGUGAAGAAGACGCCCGUUUCGCAGAAGCUGACUCUGGUGGCCCCUCCUGGAGGUUCCAAUGGAGAUUCUAGCGGGGGCACUCAAGGGGUGGCCAAAUUGCUGACUUCCUCCCUAAAGCCAGCUGUUGUUAGCAGCACCGCAUCUUCUACCUCAGUGCCGAAAGGAACUAGUGGAGCUGUGCUGCUAACGAGUUCUUCCUCCUUAAGUGUACUGGCUCCAUCCUACAAGUCCAGCAAUCCAAAGCUGCCAGCUGCCCUGAGCUCCACCCCAUUAGGUAUUAUCUCUCCUGUUCAUUCCUUCCCUCUUCAUGUCAUCUCCUUCACUUCAGACUCCUCCCCAAAAGCAGGAGUAUCAAAGGAUGCAAUAGUUACAGGACCUGCUCCAGGAACUUUCCACCACGGCCUUGGCCACAGUCUUCUAGCUGGCUUGCACUCCAGCCCCCACCAUGCCGCGCCACUCCCACAUUCUGCCCUGUCCACUCAUUUACCGCAGAGUUUGCCAGAUGCUUCUCAGCUUCACGGCAAAGGGUCCAACGCACAGCAGCGCAAGUUGUGACGUCUCGAGGAGGGGAGCUGGAGCACGCAAAGGACAAAACCAAGAGGAACAGGUUGUGAACUUUGGAUACCGGCUGUGUCUUUUUUUUUCCUUUUUUUUUUUUUCCUCACAACAACUGGAAAGACUGAACCGCAACGAGGAACUCAGUGGUGCGUUUGCUCAGGGGCUCGCCGAGCGUCGCCCCGCGCAAAGGGCCGCCUUGAGCCGUGCCCGAAGGAGAGAAGCAUUUUGUAGCACUGUUUUAUUGCUGCUGCCCUUCCCGCAUUCCCUGGCGCUGGCAGGAGCUGGAACUCGCAGGGAGACUCGGGUGGCUUGGCUUUCCUGCAGUGGAUUCCCACCCACCCGUGUCUGUAUCUGCCAAGUACCUCCAAGCCCAGUUACCCUCCAGAGGGAGACCAAGGAGGUAUGAAAGGUGCUUCUUCCUUCUGCUUUGGAUUUACCUGGAUAAUUGGAGCACUGCCAGUGCUGUCCGAAGACGUUUGACUGACUUUUCAAUUGUUCUGUAAAACUGUGCUACAGUUCAUUGGAGGACCUAAUGUUUCCUGUGUGGUGAGUCUAACGAACCACCUGAUGUUCCCCUCUGGAGGAGAAGGAAGACUCUUUGAGAGACGUUUUUAGCUGCAGUCAUUGACUUUGAGAAUUCUACUUCUUUUGGGUUUAGGAUUUUUUUUUUUUUUCCUCCAAAGGGAUGCUUUUUUUCCUGCUCAGUUUUAUCUUCAUUACCAUCGAAUGCAUUGGAUUGAAUGGGACACUUCUCGGCAUGUCACGUGGAUAGGAAGACAUAAUUCCAGUGCCUUUUAUGGUGGAGCAAGAAUGGACUAGUGACACACAUUUCAGCCCUAUUUUGUGUGCUCCUCAACCCUUUUUUAAUCAUUCUGUAUUUAAAAUGUAUUCUGUUUUAUUUAAUAGAGCUUUUUAUGGUUGCACAUCAAAAAAAAAAAAAAAA